AUGUCUCUGAAAUUUGAAAAACGAACUCGACCGCCUCUCUCCUGCGAACCAUGUCGCGCAAGGAAACUGAAAUGCAACAGACUUCUACCAUGUGAUGCCUGCAUUAAGCGCAACGUGGAAUCUAAUUGUCUGUACGCUUCUAACGCUGUACGCGGUAAGACGCGUACUUUAAAGGAACGUGCCUUGAGUGAUAGACUGAAGCGUCUCGAGGAUACAAUCCAAUCAUUUGUCGGGGGACAGGACGCGUCCCAGACAAUCCCACUGCCACAAUCAGAAGUGACACGUACAGUUAAUGGGGGUGGAAGCCUUCCUAGUGUUCGUGGAGUUUCUGUCGCCACAACUAGGCUAGCUGGGAGCAAUGGACCUCGCACCGGAGACCAACAUCUCCUACAGAAAGCGAUUCCCGGUAAUUCCCAUGCUCAUCAUGGUAAAACUAGCCAUGUUGAUUCCAGUCACUGGGUUUCUAUAUUGGAGGAUAUCAAGGAAGUUCGGGAAAGCUUGUCUGCCGUUGAUCCCUUCUCGAUUAGCGAGCCUACAAACGACGGUGGAAGUGGACAGCCAGACGUUAGCCUUGCUCAUGGACCUGAAACACGACUAAACAUCAAGGAUAUUCUUAUCUCGCUGCCCACGCGCCCUAUCUGUGAUAUGUUGGUCUCCCGAUAUUUCAAUGCUUCGUACAUGGUACUAGGUAUUGUGCACUCGGGAAAAUUUCGGGAUGAAUAUGAGGAAUUCUGGAAAGCACCGCACAAAGCUCCUGUACUUUGGAUCGCGCUUCUUCUCGCUAUUCUUAGUGUAUCGGUACAUUUAUGCCUGAAAGUGAACGCAAACGGGGCUUUGAAUGGUACAAUUCCAUCGCCCGAUAUCCUUCAACAGAAGACAGCGCAAUGCCUUUUGCUGGGAGGAUACAGAACAGCCAAUGCCUACUCGUUAGAGACAUUGCUUCUGUAUCUUCAGAGUGGCUUUUUGGGUGACAUGAAAACCGGCUCCCGACAAUGGUUCGACAUGGGGAUCAUACUCAGGUUAGCAUUCCGCAUGGGAUACCACCGUGACCCUAGCACUUUCCCGGGUACGACGACGCCAUUUGAUGGCGAAAUGAGACGCCGGGUGUGGUUGCAUGUCUUCCAGCUGGACGCGCUCUUUAGUUUCCAGAUAGGCCUUCCUAGCAUGAUACCAGCUGAGUGUUGUGACACCCAUGUUCCCAGGAACCUGAAUGACGCCGAUCUUCAUGUUGGGAUGUCGGCAUUGCCUCCAUCUCGCCCGUCAUCAGAAUACACUCCUUUCCUCUAUUUUAUCUCCAAAGCUAGUGUGAUGAGAAUCUUCAAAAAGAUCGUUGCACAUACAAUGUCGCUUUCACCACCAUCUUACAGCAGAACCCUUACUUUGGAUGCCGAGAUGAGAGGCGCUUACAGUCUCCUUCCUGACUUCCUAAAACGGAGAGACACCAGUCAAUCCCUCAUGGACUCAUCCGAGAUAAUCCUGAAUCGAUGCAACAUCGAACUCCUGUACCUGAAAGGCCUCGUUGUUCUACACCGACGGUAUAUUCGAUACGAGCAGCAAGACGCCAAGUUCGAGUCUUCACGACGCUUCUGUGUAGAAGCAGCUCUUGAAAUCCUCGCCCGCCAAGCAGACCUGCAUCAAGCAUUUCAGCCUGGUGGCCGUCUACAAGAAGACCAGUGGAUGCUUUCCUCACUGACAAUUCACGAUUUUCUCUUAGCUGCAAUGGUCAUCUGUCUGGAUCUAUCUGUGCGUCUCGAAUCUCAUACGACGGCGUUUGUAGACGAGCGCGCAGACCAUGGCUUUGUUUCGAGAGAGAUUGUCGCACUGAAAACCUCCCAACGGAUUUGGGCUGCUAAUAGUCAUCGUUCGCCGGAAUCUCGCAUUGCGUCGCUGGCCCUCGACUUGAUGGCCCGUAAGGUGGCUGAGCGUCAGGCUACAUUCUCGCGUGACGGGGAUGCGUUUAUGGACAUUCCUCGAAUGAGUCCGGAGUUGCCCUACAUGGAGCCGAUGUCGGAAAUGAUUGAUGGGUCUGAGACACUGGACUGGCUCUUGUUGGACCAAUAUUUCCAGAACGCGGGUCUCGAGGCGCCUCAAUUAGACCCGAGUAAUGAGAUGAGUGGGCUAUUUACGGAUGUUCCUGGAGCAUUUGACCCUUUUUCGUAUCAUUAG